CUCGACUAUACCACCAUGCCUGAGCAACUGAGGUGCAUAGGGAGAAUUGACACACGUGAAUUAUGGAUCUCACGUGCCAUGAUCUUCGCUAUAGAGGAGAUUAACAACAGCAGAAAGCUGCUUCCAGGCAUCAGGCUUGGUUAUCAGAUCCACGACUCCUGUGCCUCAGUAACCAUUGCAGUGGAAGUGGCCUUGCAGCUUUCAAACAGACUGGAUCCUGUGUUCUACACUGGCAGCAACUGUUCACAGUCUGGUAUGAUGAUAGCUGUUGUUGGUGAGUCUGGGUCAACGCCAUCCAUCAGCAUGUCGCGCAUCAUCGGGUCCUUUAACAUUCCUCAAGUGAGCCACUUUGCCACUUGUGCAUGUUUGUCCAAUAAGCAGCAGUUCCCCAGUUUCUUCAGAACAAUCCCCAGUGAUAAGUUUCAAGCCUAUGCACUCGCCAAGUUGGUGAAGCAGUUUGGCUGGACUUGGAUUGGUGCUGUCCGAUCAGACUCAGACUAUGGGAAUUAUGGCAUGGCAGCUUUCCUGAAUGAAGCUCACAAAGAGGGGAUCUGUGUGGAAUACUCUGAAUCUUUAUACCGUACCUAUCCAAGUAGCAGGAUAAAGAAAGUGGCUGAUGUCAUUCGCAGGUCAACAGCUAUGGUUGUUGUAGCCUUUGCAGCCUCCGGAGACUUAAAGAUUCUGCUGCAGGAGCUGUCUCAUGAACCUUCCCCACCCAGACAGUGGAUUGGCAGUGAGGCCUGGUUAACGGACCCAGACAUGAUAAAGUUCAGGUUCUGUGCUGGAGCCAUUGGGUUUGGUGUUCCACGAUCUGUCAUCCUAGGUUUUCCAGAUUUCUUGUUAGAUCUCUCUCCCAGUAAAGUGGCAGCUUCUCCAAUGCUGACUGAGUUCUGGCAGGAUGCCUUCAACUGCACACUGGAAAAAAGUGCUGCCAAAAAUUUGUGUUAUGGACUUGAGGACAAACAAAAGCUUCAAAGCUUGCUUACUGACACAUCUCAGCUCCGAAUUACUAACAUGGUGUAUAAGGCUGUUUAUGCAAUAGCUCAUGCCAUUCAUGAUGUUGUUUGUCAGGAGAUUAAUUCUACGACUCAGUGUGACAAACUCACCAAGAUUGAUACCAAACAGGUUCUCACUCAGCUGAAAAAAGUCAACUUCUCCCAAAAUGGUUAUCAUGUAUCGUUUGAUGUCAACGGGGAUCCUGUGGCCAUGUAUGAGCUGGUUAACUGGCAGAAAAGUAAGAGUGGCAGCCUUGAGAUGGUGACAGUAGGAUACUAUGAUGCUUCACUGCCAGAGGGCCAAGAGUUCCACAUCUACCAGAACCUCACCUGGAUGGAGGACAGGACAGAGGUGCCUUUAUCAGUGUGCACUGACAGCUGUCCUCCAGGAACUUAUAAAUUGCUGCAGAAAAGAAAACCUGUCUGUUGUUAUGACUGUGCCCCAUGUCCUGAGGGAGAGAUUAGCAACACCACAGAUUCACGCAAUUGUUUCCUUUGCCCAAAAGAGUUCUGGCCUAAUGCAGAGAGAGACACUUGUUUACCGAAGCCUGUGGAGUUUCUCUCUUACAACGAGGUUCUAGGAAUCAUCUUGGCUACAUUCUCCGUUGGUGGAGCUUGUCUGGCUGUUAUAACAGCAACUGUGUUCUUCCGUCACAGAACCUCCCCCAUAGUCAGAGCCAACAACUCUGAGCUGAGCUUCCUGCUGCUCUUUUCUUUGACUCUGUGCUUCUUAUGCUCAUUAGCUUUCAUUGGCGCCCCCUCAGAGUGGUCCUGCAUACUGAGACACACAGUGUUUGGCAUCACCUUCGUCCUCUGCAUCUCUUGUGUUCUGGGGAAAACUCUAGUUGUGUUGAUGGCCUUCAAAGCAACACUACCAGGCAGCAAUGUCAUGAAGUGGUUUGGUCCUCCACAGCAGAGAAUGACUGUGGUGUCUUUCACAUCCAUCCAAGUUUUAAUCUGCACUGUGUGGUUAAUUCUUAAUCCUCCUUUUCCCAUCAAAAACCUCUCAACGUACAAAGACAGAAUCAUCCUGGAGUGUGCAUUGGGUUCAGCAAUUGGGUUCUGGGCUGUGCUGGGCUACAUAGGCCUGCUUGCUGUGUUUUGCUUUGUGUUGGCUGUUCUAGCCCGAAAACUACCUGAUAAUUUCAACGAAGCCAAGUUCAUCACCUUCAGCAUGCUGAUAUUCUGUGCAGUCUGGAUCACUUUCAUUCCAGCUUAUGUCAGUUCUCCUGGGAAAUUUACUGUGGCUGUGGAGAUAUUUGCUAUUCUGGCCUCUAGUUUUGGAUUAAUACUGUGUAUAUUUGCUCCAAAGUGUUUUAUCAUAUUGUUUAAACCAGAGAAGAACAUGAAGAAAAUUUUAUUGAAUAAAACAUUAACAUUUAAUUCUAGGGUUCAUAGUUCAUAG